AUGUUAUCUAACGAACAUCAUCGACAACAUCAAUCAUUAUUAUUACAAGUACCAAAAAUUACAGAUAUGCUGAAAAAAUCGACUUCAGGUACUUUAUCACCCGAAACAACGACAACAACUUCAAGCGGUUAUUCAACAGGUGGUUCUUCUGUAUCAAAUACUAAAGAUUCAUAUUUGAAAAAGUCAUCAUCUAUUGCCUACAAGCAACAAUCUGAUCAAGAACAACAUAAGACAAAAUCAAAGGGUCUUCAUCAUCUUUUAACUAAACUUAAAAGUUUUCUUCUACCAUCAAGAACUAAAUCAAUACAUUUAAGAACAAUGAGAUCAACAACUUCAAGACAAAUAUCAUCUACAAAUAUCCUUCGCCAAUAUCAUCAACAUACAACAAUAUAUGAUGUAGUACCAUCAUCUUUAAUAACAAGUAAUACUAUUUCAUUACCAUUUACAUAUUAUCAUGAUUCACCUAAAAGACAAUCAAGAGGUAAUUUUGACAAAAUUUCUGCAUGGCUUAAUCAUACAGAAAAAAUGGAAAAAAAUGAGCAAUAUAAAAAUGAUAUAUUAUUUAUUGAUCCAAAUCAACAAAAAACAAAGUCGUCAUCUUCUAUUAAAAAUGAUGAUCAAGCAGUAACUGUCGUCAUGAAAAACACCCGAACGAAUAUCAGACCACCUAAACGAAGUUCGUCACUAGUAACAAGACUAACUCGACCAAUAAUUGAACAACAAUCACAACGAACAAUUUCUCCUGCUUCAUCAUUUUCUUCAUCGAUUCUUACAAAAGGAAUGUCAGAAAGAAUAACGCCAACGCAAUCAUCAAAACAACAAAAAUCUGAUAACCAGUCAUCAAAAUCUCAUCGUCAUCGUUCAAUUGAUUAUUCACGUCGACGAACUAUUGCUAGUACCAAUGAACAUCAUUCAAAUAAAGAAAAUCUUCCAAUAAAACAUUCAGAAAAAUUUUCAAAAGAUGUCUAUCGAUUUUCUCCAUUAUCAUCAAAAAAUGAAGUUGAAAUUCGUCGUCCAUCAUCAAAACAUAUUGUAACAAAACAAUAUUAUUUUCAUUCACAUCCAACAGAAACAAAUGAAGAUUUAUUAAAUAAUUCUUAUGGUUUAACGUUACUUAAACAACAAAAACAACAACAACAACAACAGCCAGCUAAACAAAGACAUUCCGUAGCUACUGUUCUUAUGAUAUCACAAGUUCCUAAUCAUAUAUCCUCACAAAAACAAUUAAAUCAUCGAACAUUUCUUCAACAAGAACAUACACUUGAUUCGCUUGAUGAUUUAUUAUGUGAUCGUGAAGUUGAAAGUUAUUUUUAUCCAACAUCUCAAUCAGAUCAUAUUUAUAUGAAUUUAGAAAAUUCAUCAGAUUCUUAUCAACCAUCAUUAUCUUAUUUUCAUGAAACUUUAUGUUGA